ACCGCCUCACUCUAAUCAAGCUGAUUAAAAAUUCCUGCGCGCACGGCCGGAAAUCGCACCGUCCUCUCGUGUUUUCGCUGCACUUUUACUUUAUUUUCGGGUCGUUCCCCCGCCAGGACAUCGGCCGUCACGGGAGGGUGCCUUCGGCGACUCGAAAUACGGCUUGAAUCCGCUUGUUUCGGGGGGUAUUUUUCUUCUUCUUUUUUGAAAUGAGGAGGAAAAGGAAAGCAGGGGCAGCGCUAGCACCCGCGAGGGGAGUGAUGAGUCAAUACAACUAAUAAUUUAAUGGGGACAGAGGGAAGGAAAGGGAAGGAAAGGGAUCCCCGUCCGGACGCGAAUUCAACGCACUGAAACCAGUGUAAGGCAGGGAGCUUGCCACGCAUCUGUAGCACGCCUUAUUCGCCUUCGCCAUCGGAAAGUACAUCGCACUUUUAACCUGUUUGGAACCGCAUAUCGCACCUCGCCGUCAGAUGAGAUAUCGGCUCGUUGCUUCGUUUUCAUCCACACAGAGGAGGCAAAGUGCCACGGCUUUCGCGUGUUUUUCCUCAACGAUGCGAUGCCAGGAGACUGUAUGCUCCGAAUUGUGACAGCGACCGAAAAAGCUUACUUUAAUUUCAGACGCGUUGUUCGCGUACGAACGCCCGGUUUCUCCUGGCGGAUCUACUCCGCCGACGGUAGCCUAUAAACUCAGCCGAACUCGGCACUCUCUCCGCAGAAAGCCUUGCUCGUUUUUGCUCAAUUAAUGCGUUUGCAGUUGUCCCCGUCCGAGAGGAGACCAACGACUUUUGUUGAUUUUAACGCCGCGGUCGUUAGCUGGCCUUUAAUUUGCCUUUAAUUCAUGACUUCCCCACGAACCUGGCUCUCGCUUCCCUGGGACGUCUGCACUUUAGACUGCUGAUCAGAGACUACAGGAUUCCCAGGGUUUUUUGGACAUGAUUAUUGCAUUGUGGACAGCGUGAGAGAGGAGUAUUUCACCAAGGGAUUGAUAUUCCAUCAAAUAUCAGGCCAUUAAGCUGCUUCACGAGCAUCACACGCUAAAGUUUCCCUUCUGACAAAACUUGAAGCCGCUGUUCCCCCAGACGUCCUUAUAUGCUUUCGAGUUUUGAACUGCAGGUGCGAGCGAGCAGUGGUGCUGAGUCACGAUGGACCACCUCAGUGACGCCUGCCUGGGGAAAGAGAACUGUGAACUGGUGGGCAGCCUGAGCGAGGCCAAGGCCCCGCCGGCCAAGCUGGCACGCCUGGAGCAGAACGGCAGUCCACAGGGCCGUGCCCGCCUCGCAAGUGCCGCUGGGGCCAAGCUCUCCGCAGUGGGCUUCAACAAGCCCUCCACGCAUCUGCUCAAGACAUGUCACAAGAGGGGUAACAUGUUGCCAGUGUUCUGCGUGGUGGAGCACUAUGAGAACCCAAUAGAGUUCGACAGCAGGGAAGAACACGCCGAGUUCGUCCUGGUGCGCAAGGACAUGCUCUUCAACCAGCUCAUCGAGAUGGCCCUUCUCUCGCUGGGCUACUCUCAUAGUUCUGCUGCGCAGGCUAAAGGCAUGAUCCAGGUGGGGAAGUGGAAUCCCGUGCCACUGUCGUAUGUGACGGAUGCUCCAGACGCCACAGUGGCUGACAUGUUGCAGGACGUGUACCAUGUGAUCACCCUGAAGAUCCAACUGCACAGUUGUCCUAAACUGGAAGACCUGCCACCAGAGCAGUGGACCCACUCUACAGUAAGAAACGCCCUCAAGGAGUUACUCAAAGACAUGAACCAGAGCUCUUUGGCAAAAGAAUGUCCCUUGUCACAGAGUAUGAUAUCUUCCAUUGUGAACAGUACUUACUAUGCAAAUGUUUCAGCAGCGAAGUGUCAGGAAUUUGGACGUUGGUAUAAACAUUUCAAGAAGACAAAAGAUAUGAUGGUCAUGCGCCAACCCUCUCAGCUGGAGGGCUAUCUGGGGACGUGCGUCCUUCAUGACAGCCCACGUGCCACCGCAGUAGCAGAGAUGGACAGCCUGUCGGAUCUCUCCCCGCCUGGCCCCAACCACCUGAGCUUCAGCCAGCAGCCCAUCCCAGGCACCACCGCAGAGCAGCCUCCCUCGCCAGCACCCAUCCCGCACAGCGGCCAGGCGGCGGGGCGCGCCCAGCUGCCCGGCCUCCACCCGGGCCUGGUGUCCACCCCCAUCAGCCCACAGCUGGUCAACCAGCAGAUCGUCAUGGCGCAGAUCCUCAACCAGCAGUACGCCGUCAACCGGCUCCUGGCUCAGCAGUCCCUCAACCAGCAGUACCUGAACCAUCCGCCAGUCAGCCGCGCCCUCAACAAGCCCCUGGACUCGCAGGUGUCCUCCAACACGGAGGUGUCGUCCGAGAUCUACCAGUGGGUGCGCGACGAGCUGAAGAGGGCCGGGAUCUCCCAGGCCGUGUUCGCCCGCGUGGCCUUCAACAGAACGCAGGGUCUGCUCUCAGAGAUCCUGAGGAAAGAGGAGGACCCAAAGACCGCGUCCCAGUCCCUGCUGGUGAACCUGAGGGCCAUGCAGAACUUCCUGCAGCUGCCCGAGGCUGAGCGAGACCGCAUCUACCAGGAGGAGAGGGAGAGGAGCCUGACGGCGGCCUCUGCUAUGGGCCCCGCCCCCCUCAUUAGCACACCCCCGACACGCCCCGUACAGCCCAGAAGAGAAGAAUGUAACAAUGUCAGGCCAGAGGACUGGAAUCCCAGGAUUCCAGUGGGGAUCUCUCCCGUGAAGCCCUCCCCGCUGCCGUCGGAGUGGAACGGCAAGCAGGAGAGCUCCAUCCUCAACAUCAGCUCCUCCAUUUACGACGAGAUCCAGCAGGAGAUGAAGAGGGCCAAGGUGUCGCAGGCCAUGUUCGCCAAGGUCGCGGCCUCCAAGAGCCAGGGCUGGCUGUGUGAGCUCCUGCGCUGGAAGGAGGACCCAUCUCCUGACAACCGCACGCUCUGGGAGAAUUUGUCAAUGAUCCGGCGUUUCUUGAGUCUGCCCCAGUCAGAGCGGGACGCCAUCUAUGAGCAGGAGAGCAGUGGUGGUCAGCAGCACCACACCGACAGACCCGCACACCUACUGCACAUGGGCACCGAGCCGCUCCAGCCCCAGCCGCACCAGCCGCCCAUGAGCCAGCAGCAGGCCACCCUGGCCCUUCAGCACCCGCCGCAGCCGCUCCUGCCCCAGCACCCGGCCCAGCAGCAGGGGGCGCCACCCGCCCCGGCGCUGCAGCAGGCGGGGCCCCGGCUGCCUCCACGCCAGCCCGCUGCCGCCGCGCCGGCCGAGGGCGAGGACGAGGGCCGCGCCAAGGCCCGGCAGGCCGGCCGCAUCUCGCUGGAGGCGCUGGCUAUCCUGCAGAGCUUCAUCCAGGACGUGGGCCUGUACCCGGACGACGAGGCCGUGCACACGCUCUCGGCGCAGCUCGACCUGCCCAGACCCACCAUCCUCAAGUUCUUCCAGAACCAGCGCUUCUACGUCAGCCACGCUGGCAAAGCCAAGGAGGCGGCCGCCCUGGCCCCGCCUGCGGGGGGGGGAGGGGGGGAGGACGGCCUGACGGACUUCGGAGACGGGGAGCUCCCCAAAGAGCUGGACGAGGGCACCCAGACCAACAGCAGUGUCUUCUCCAUCAAGAUGGAGGAACACCUGACCACUGACCUGCAGGCUCAGGCUGAGCAAGAAGUGAAAGAAUAGAGCUUCAUCCCCACACCCUCUCUCUCUCUCUCUCUCUCUCUCUCUCUCCCUCCCCCUCCCUCUCUCUCUUUCUCUCUCCCUCUCCCCUCCCUCUCUCUCUCCCUCUCUCUCUCUCUCUCUCUCUCUCUCUGAGCUCUAACAGCGGUAGGACUAUGAGACUCUUGACCCAGGACUGAGUAAUACAGAAGUAUUACCUUUUACACUUUGUAAAACCUGUAUUAUUUCUCUGUAAAGAUUUGCGCGUCAUUUACAAAACCUGCACAAAUGAAAUUAGAUCUAAAAAAUGAAGAAAACAGAAAAAAGAAAAAAAUCUUGAACAUGUUGCCGUGGAUAUUUGCUGACUGCACUUGAUGUCUGUUGUUUUUACACUGAACUUCUGAACUUGAGCUACUGAUUUUAAAAGAGGAAAAAAACACGAGUCAGUGGAGUUUGAUAGACUUUGAUAGAUGUUUACGUAUGUGGUGUUAACUGGAUUUUUAUUUAAAUGCGCCUGAAACCGGGGUAGAAUGGGGACAAAGCCUUAAGGGUGAAGCACUGGGCCGAGCCGUCACGGCCAGCGAGGCGUUCUCCAUAAAAACAGAAGGAUGUCUCAAACUCUGGAACACGCGCGCGCGCACACACACACACACACACACACACACAACCUGCAGGCAGUCUGGUGAAGAAUAGCUCAAUCCUUAGUUAUCUGUUUGAAAGAAAUAUAAAUAUAUAUAUAGACAUAUAUUAAUUGUAAAAAAAAAAAAUAUACAGUCUUAAAGAAACUAUGCCAACAAAUGCCUUGUACUAUAUGGCACUGCCGAUGUUAGAUUAUUUUGCAAACCUUUGUCACUGUAAUUUUCAGGAUUUUCACACAGUUUGAAAUGUGAAUCACAGCGUCCUUGCUCUCGUCCCAAACCACGCCAACCGUCCUACAUUAUUUAUUUGCAGCUCCCGCUGGGCUCCGCUGUAAUGGCGUUUUGGGAACAUGCCCGUUACACGGCGCGUUUCCUUUCGCUGAUCUUUACUAUUUAUAAAUGUCAUUUUGAUGGGCAGUAAGAUCAGAAGUGUCUUAACGUUUUAAAUGGAAAAUGUGCUUUAACAGUUGCCUAAGAAGUGCUGUAUGUCGAACAACUCAUGCUACAAGCUUCACCAUUAAUGUUGUAUGCAAUUUUUACUAUCAUGCAAAUAAGCUUAGGAAAAGACUAACCUAUAGACCACCUUAGCGGAACAUAUGCAAUUUGUGUGAAAUUGAUGUUUGCAAUGUGUCUUCCUUUGGUUAACAAUCCAAUUCAAUUCUAUUCCUGUAUAAAAUAUUCUGUAUAAAAAAACUUUCUUUUUUAUGAGUUUAUUGCAAUGAGAACACCAGUUAUUUUGUUACAACUGACUGUUUUAUAAGUGUUUCUCGGUUACUUUGAGCAAAACUGUUCUAACUAGGAGUGGUUACUGAUUGUUAAUGACACAAUUAAACUGUUUGUAUCGUA